AUGUCAAAGCCCAGCGCGAGUACGCGAACGCCAUGUUCUAUGCCGACGAAGCGGUGGUUGAACACCUUCCCGGAAGCUACCAAAGCGGGCGAAGCUGCGGGCUACCGGGAGGCAGCUGUAGAUUGGGACAAAGUGAACUCAAUGACCCAGAGCCUCAACGAGCUCUUGCGAAAGUCGGAAGCAUUGGACGGUGGCGAUCCGCCCGAAGUGCUCAUGGCCAGGCACCUUCACAACCAGGCGAAAGCUUUGGUGGAUGAGGGUGAGACGCCAUUGGAGCGCUUUGAUUACCUGGAAGAAAAGAAUCAAGAGGCCGAACAAGUCUUCGAUGGAAUCACCUUAGAGGAGCUACACAAAGCCCGAGACGCGUUGCAUGACCAGCAGGACAUGGCGGAGGAGGCAUUGAAGCGCGCUGACCUUCACCAUGACCAGAUGGAAAAGAUCUUGCACGAAUGGAACUCCCGGAGUACGGUGACCAAGCUGCCUCGCGAGAUGACCAAACCCAACGGCGACCCAUGGUGGCCAGACCCAGUUCCACCACCACGCCUGCCUGAUCGCGAGAUCAUGCUAGUCCCAGCUGGUGGAGGGAUCAAGAACUUUUCGCCUCCAGGACGCUAUUUCCUGUAG